AUGGACGAGUCCAAACAAGCCGGGCGCGUCAAUGUGUGGCGGGCCCAGGACGCCCUCUGCCUCGGCAAUGUCGUUUUCCAGCAAGUCGUCGAUCAGCUGCACCUGUUUCCGCGCUGGGAGCCGCACGCGCGCGCCCCAGACACGUUCGACGACGCGUUCGAGUUCAUGCGCCUGCGCGAAGAGGAGCAGAAGAAGGCCACGAAGCAGAACACGGCCAAGGGCAAGGCCGCGGGCCGCGUCCAGGUGGUCCGCGACCCCGUGAAGAGCUCCGCGCCGGGCGCGAGCGUCGGGUACGAGCACGACACGACCGCGUUCUGGAUGGUGGCGCGCGACUACUUCCGUCCCAUCACGCGAGAGGACUUCGCAUCGCUGCUGCCGGCGCCCGCGGACCCCCUGCGCGACCCGGACCUCCGCAUGGCGCCCCUCGGGCGGCCGUACACCGAGAUCUGGGCGGAGGAGGACGAGCAGUUGCAGCUGUUGCAGGCGGCGGCGCGCGCGGCGCAGCUGCAGAAGGACGAGAAGAGCAAGAAGAAGGGCGGGGGCGGCGGGUCCAGCAAGGGCGGAGCGGGGGGCAGCUCCGGGACUGCGACGGCGGCGCAGAAGCGGCGGAUGAGCGCGGGCGCGGCGCGCAACGGAGGCGGCGGGAAGCAGGUUUUCGUCGUGGGGCCGCUGCAGGCCGUCCUGAACGGCGCGCCGGUGCCGCCGCCGACGGACGACAAGGACGACGUCGUGUGCGACGUGUGCAUGGACGGCGACUCCAUCGCGGGGAACGUCAUCCUCCUGUGCGACGGGUGCGAGUGCGCCGUGCACCAGGGGUGCUACGGGCACGCGGGGGCGAAGAUCGAGGUCCCCGAGGGCCCGUGGUUCUGCGACGCGUGCAAGUACACGCGCGAGAAGGGCGGCGAGCCGCGCCAGUGCUGCCUGUGCACCGUGCCCGGCGGCGCCAUGCGCGAGGCUCUGGGCCCAGACGGGCAGCUCUGCGGGAAGUUCGCGCACACGUUCUGCGUGCAGUGGAUCCCCGAGGUCCGCAUCGAGACGGGCCCGGACGGCCGCGACGUCGUCGCGGGCCUCGACCAGAUCGUCAAGGCCCGGCAGAAGCUCCUGUGUCAGGUCUGCCAGAAGGGGGGCGUCGGGGCGUGCAUCCAGUGCCAGAAGGCCGCGUGCCGGGCGUCGUUCCACCCGAAGUGCGCCGUCAAGGACGGCCUGUGGUUCGAGUACGUCUGCGAGCAGCCCGGGGCGGACGACUUUGAGAUGAAACAGUACUGCCGGAAACACACCGACAUGAAGAUCCAGGAGAGCACGGAGGGGCCGCCGGAGGCGGAGGGGGCGCGGCCGGAGGCGGUCGCGCUGGGCGAGGGCGCGGGGGCGGCGGGGGCGGCGACGACGCCGACGGCGGGGGCGGGUGGGAGGGCGCUGGAGGUCAUGACGCCGCCGGGGCUGCUGACGCCGGGGGGCGCGGCGGGGGACCGGGAGGAUCUGUUGGCGACGAUCGCGCACGACGACCUCGCGCGGUGGCUGCGCACGGCGCUCCAGCUCGGCCUCGUCGCCCCCGCCGCCGUCGCGGACGGCGCGCAGGUCACGGAGUCGGCCAUCGACUCGUGGCUGGUCGCGUGCUGCGGUGCAGGCGCGGCGUCGGCAGCGCCCCACCGCGGCGCCGCGUCGCGCACGCGCAGCCACGACCCCGACGGCGGCCGUGCGAGCGCGCUCUCGAAGCAGGACCAGGCCACGGGCAAAGCGGUGUUCCGAUGGGUCCGCGAGGUCGCGUCAUCGGCCGUUGCCGCCGACGUGCCGGAGAGCACGGCCGCGACGCCCACGGCGGGCGCGAACGCCGGCGCGGCGGCCGGGGCGCUGGCCGUCAGGGGCGCGGGCGUGCAGGGCGCGGCGGGGGCCGCGGGCGGCGGGUCCGGGAACAAUGCCAGUUUGGCAAGCGUGUCGAAAGGCAUCAGUCCGUCCCUUCUGCAACUGAUGAACUACGUGGAGUCUUCGAACCCGCACUUCCGGCGCACGGUGCUGGGCAUGGGCGCGCCGGACGCCGCGGAGCAGCUCGGCGCGAAGGUCCACGGCGGCGCGCUGCUUGCGGGAGACGAGUACCUGCACCCGCACACGGCGCUGCUCUUGACGUCCGACCUGGGCAUGCCCGUCGCGGUCGAGAAGGCCACGGUGCCGGACAGCGACGCGGAGGACGAGGACAUGGCCGGGGACGGCGGCGCAGCGCGCGUGCAGGCCGCCCAGGCGUGUCCGCGCGAGGCCGCGCUCGGCUGCGCGCCCGCCGACGAGGUCGAGGCGGAGAUCCUGGCCCUGCAGGGCGAGCUGCUGCAGGUGUCGGCCAUGAACCGCGUCCGGCUGGCGCGGCUCUUCAACGCCGCGCUCGAGGAGGCCCCGCGCGUGCACGCCAAGCUCGAGUCGGACAAGGCGGACAGCGACGCGAUCGCGUCCUUUAUUGCGACGAUGCGGGAGAUCAAGCGCAACCAGAAGCGCGAGGCGCGGGAGCGGGCGCAGCGCGAGGCGUUCCAGGCCGCGGAGGCCGCGACGAAGAAGUCCCGGCGCGGCGGCGACGGGGGGGAGUCGGGGGGGGGGUCUCUGGGGCUCGUGGACCUGCUGGCGGUCAAGCGCGAGGAGGACCACCGCCCCGACGGCGACUGCGAGGCCGACAAGUGCUGCGUGUGCGGCGACGGCCGCAGCGAGGCGCCGAAUCAGAUCGUGUACUGCGAGCGAUGCGACCUCGGCGUGCACCAGGCGUGCUACGGCGUGCACGAGCUGCCGCACGGGGCGUGGCUGUGCUGGCCGUGCCGGAAGCACGAGGCCGUGCUGGCCUCGAACGGCGUGCCGGAGUCGCAGCUGCGGCCGCCGCGGUGGCUGCGCGAGCCCGGCGGGGAGGUUCCCGGCGGGGCGCACACCGUCAAGUGCGCCCUGUGCCCCAACCGGCGCGGGGCGUACCUCCAGGACAUGGCGGGCGACCAGUGGGUGCACGUCGUGUGCGCGCAGUACCACCCGACGGUCACGAUCAACGACACGGUGCUGUCGGGGCUCGCCGGCGUGAUGCCGUGCGCCGUCGAGGGGCUGCCGGUCGGGCGCGCGAACAGGGGGUCGCCGCCGUGCGUGGUGUGCCAGCUGUCGGAUGGCGCGCCGGUGCCCUGCGCGGCGCCGAACUGCGAGACGGUGUUCCACCCGAUGUGCGGGCGGAACCUCGGAUUCAACCUCCAGGCAAAGGCGCUCCCGGGAGGCAAAAUGGCUUACAAGGCCUUCUGCGACCGGCACAGCAAGCAGGGCCAGCAGCGCGGGCGCCCGAACGCGGACGCCGAGGCCCGCGCCGCGCAGGAGGCGCAGCUGAAGGAGCGUCAGACUGAGCUGAUUUUCCUGACAGACAUACGGUUCGAGCUCGAGAAUGUGCGCCAGCUCAUGUCCUUCGUCACCAAGCGCGAGAAGUGCAAGAAACAGGUCGUCCGCCACGUCCGCGAGAUCCACAAGGCGCGCAGCAGCGACCCGGCGCUCGCGGCACAGGCCGCGCAGGCCAUCGAGCAAGCCGCCGCCGCGGACAAGCAGGUCGCCGGCGCCGGCGACGCGGGCAACAGGCGGGCGCUGCUGGAGCAGAUGGGCCUGCCCCUGAACGUCGCGGCGCAGGCCGCCGCGGCGCAGCAGGCCACGCACGCUGACAUUGCUGCGGCACAGGCCGCCGUGGCCGCCGCGCAGGCCGCCGCCGCGGCGGGCGCGGCUGGGAAGUCCGCGCCGAGCACGCCGUCGGGGCGGAAGCGCGCCGCCGAGGGCGGCGCGGACAACGGCCCCCGGCAGAAGCGCGGGCGCGGCGGCGGCGGCGGGAACAGCCGGCUGCCGUCGUCGUACCAGUUCCUGCCCCUGGACAAGGCGUUCGCGCGCAACGGCAACGGACAGUGA